AUGCAUGAGAUCCUCACCCUCCAGCUCGGGCAGAGGAGCAACUACCUCGCGACCCAUUUCUGGAACGCCCAGGAAUCAUAUUUCACAUACUCCCCUGACCAAGAAUCUUUGGUUGAUCAUGAUAUCCAUUUCCGACAGGGAAUUGGUGCUGAUGGAGCGGAGACGUUUACUCCGAGGACUCUGAUUUAUGAUCUUAAGGGUGGGUUUGGCUCGAUGAGGAAGAUAAAUGCUUUAUAUGAAGUCGAAGAGCCUGCUGUUCCCCAAGGCUUGUGGAAUGGACCCACAGUGGUCCAGCGACAGGACCCGAUCCAACAGAAUGAAUAUCAGAGAAGCCUACAGGAAGGCAUUGAACCCGCCCAUCUCACACCUGAGUCGGUGAAAUACUGGUCUGAUUUUAACAAAAUCUACUUCCACCCUAAGUCAGUAAUUCAACUCAAUGAGUAUGAACUAAACUCUUCUCUUACGCCUUUCGAUAACUGGAGUGCUGGAGAAGAGCUCUUCAACUCUCUGGACAAAGAACAUGAUCUACUGGACCGCGACUUAAGAUAUUUCGCCGAAGAGGCUGAUCAGAUGCAAGGAAUUCAGAUAAUGGCGGCAGUCGACGAUGCAUGGGGCGGGUUUGCAGCAAGAUACCUAGACCGAAUUAGAGAUGAGUAUGGAAAAGCUUCGGUCUUAUUCUGGGGUCUAGAAGAGAAUGUCACGGCUAUUCCCAGAGAGAAGCGGUUUAUGAAGUUGUCGAAUACCGCUCGAUCCAUCUCGGAUAUUUCACCACAGUCUUCAAUAUUCGUCCCCAUAUCAAUGCCUUCAGCUUCUCUGCCACAAUAUGUUAGGCUCAGCCAACAAUCACAGUGGCAAAUCUCUGGCCUGCUCUCUGUAGCCAUGGAGAGCAUAGCUCUACCUUCGAGAUUAAAGAUUCAUAACAGCAACCGUGCAACGUUGGAUCAGCUUGCAAACUCGAUAAAUGUGAAUGGCAAUCAGACAAUAGCAAAAUUAAGCCUGAGUAUUGAUCAAAAGUCAACGACAAACGGGCACCAUUUGCCAGUGCUUCCCCAUGAACAGGCAUCAGAUGGCGACUUGAGAAUCCCAUCACGGGAGAACCAAGAUGCGGAUUUAAGCUUUAAGGACGUGGAUGAUAUCAAAGAUUUGGACAUGGACUUCUUCCCGACGGAAUCGGGGCAAGAGCUGCGAGGAAGACGCAACAAGCGAUUCCAUGUAUUUGGACAAACUAAGAUUUCAAGGACAACUGAGGAUGUGAAGCAGUCAGAUACGUUUGGGGAGGACGAAGGAUUCGAACGAGCACGGCGGCGGGCGGUGGGGCUUCCAAUUAUACAAAAAGCAACAGUACCUAUUCCUUUCCCCCUACUUGACAGCUUCCCCGAUAUUUUUUCUCGAACCAGCCAAUCCCCGAUGCCUCUAGAGGUAAGCACAUCGGUGUCGACUGACACUGCGGUAGCCUCGAGAGUCAAAAGCCUCCAGCACAUUGUCAACCGGGCGAUUGGUAUUGACGAGCGUGAGGCGCUCAGCAAUUCGCUGGGCCAGAUUGCUGAAGCUUAUGAGGAUGGCUGGGACAGUGGAACCGACGAAGACGAUGACUGA